AUGCUGUUUACGCUGGACCCGAGGCCAAGUACUGGUGCCGUGGAUAGCCCUGCUGCCAUAGACGAGUUCACCACGACGGGAAAUACGCUUACGCAACUUCAAAACUUUUUUGAACAUCACACCUUUGACACGCGCGGGCCGUAUUCGGAUCUCUUUUCUGUCUUGCUCUCCUGUUGUAAGCAUCUCGUUGACACGAACCUGCGCCACCACGCAAUUCUCUUGAACCAAAAGCGAGAGGUUACCCGCCUGGCCUCAGAGACAGAGGCACUGUGCGAACUGACUGUACGCUGUCAAGAAGGUGUGCAUAAGCUGAAGUCGUCGUCACUGGAGCCACACUUGAUGCAGCGGAGGGAUCGGUCUCCACUGCGGUCGGACGUCGUGUCCCAACAUGUACCUCACGAAAUGGGUGGGGAAGUCAUUUGGGAUCGGCUGGAAGAGUUUGACAGGCAUCUCCACGAAACGCAGAUGUCCGUGGUUGCGUUGCGCCGUCGACAGGAAGAAGUUGAGGAACGUCUAUAUAAAGAGCACCAUUGGAAAGAGGAAGAAGCAGAGCAAAUUCAGAAGUUAGAGGAAAGUAUCGACGUGCUAAGGCGUGGUGCCUCAGCGCGUGCCGACUACGUUGACGGGGAAAUUUCAACGAUGAGGAAACAUGUGGCUGCUGCCACUUCUGUCACCUCCCACGUAGAGCGAGUCUCUGCAAUGACGCAGUACACCGACAUGAAAGUGGAGGCGUUAAGAAGUGAGUUGUGUCUGGCUCUGCGAGAAAUGAUUUUGGAGGACCACGUCGGUGGGCCAAAAUCACCUGUUAGUCAACUAUCCAAAGACGGCGUAGCUGGCGCGGUGCCAAACGUCACAGAAGGGACUGACGGCAACGUAGGCGAAGAUUGCAUGCGACGGGAUGACAUUGCCGUUGGUCUGCGACGGCUUGCGUCAAUAAGAUCAAGGUCAAUUGCCAUCCAAAUGGAGCAAUUGGAAAACCGAAUAGAUGCACUUGAGGUGUAUGCACCACACCACUUUGCUAUGGCUGCGCGUCCUCCUUUGCUGGGAGUUGAGCUGCGCGAUGAGAAGGGCAUUGGAAUUUGCAUAGAUAAGGUUUUUCGCAAUUUUGGUGGUGAAGCUGCUGGAAUGAUGCCAGGAGAUGUUGUGGUUGCCGUAAAUGGUCAAGCGGUUUUGACGCGGGCAGAAAUGUAUGCCGCCAUGACGGAGCUGGUGCGAGAGCAUCACUCUAGAUGUCGUCUUUUGGAGCAACUGUGCUUCAAACAGCAUGUCAAGCAAGAGAAGAAGGCUGGUGCUCUUAUGAAUAGACAUCAAUAUUCCAAUUUCCCCGUUGGAAGUGAAGCGGCGACAACAACGCCUGGCCUUGACAGUGACUGGGAACUGCCAAAAUUGGAACUGAGGUUUCAUCUGAAGCGCGGUGGCCUCCUGCGCGAGGUGGCACUCAAUGUUGAGGCCGACAAUGACAGUAUCUAA